UAAAUGACAAUGUGAAAUCAAACGAGGAGAAAAUAAAAGAAGCGGUAUUCAUGAAUGAUGGAAUACCAUUUUGGGUUGUAGCUUCGGGUUAUGUAGGUUUUGCAGCAAUUUCUGUUGGAGUAAUUCCUGUCAUUUUCCCUCCUUUGAAGUGGUACUUGGUUCUGAUUUGCUAUAUUAUGGCACCAGCCCUUGCAUUUUGCAAUUCUUACGGAACAGGUUUGACUGACUGGAGCUUGGCUAGCACAUAUGGAAAGCUAGGUCUCUUCAUUUUUGCAUCAUGUGUGGGUAGCAAUGGUGGUGUCAUUGCAGGUUUGGCAGCAUGUGGGGUUAUGAUGUCAAUUGUGUCUACGGCGGCUGAUUUAAUGCAGGAUUUCAAGACUGGCUUUCUUACCCUCUCCUCUCCAAGAUCCAUGUUUAUAAGCCAAUUAGUUGGUACUGUAAUGGGUUGCAUUUUGGCGCCCCUCACUUUCUGGAUGUUUUGGACCGCUUUUGAUAUAGGAUCCCCUGACGGAGCAUAUAAGGCACCUUAUGCUGUGAUUUUUCGGGAAAUGGCAAUUCUAGGUGUGGAAGGCUUUUCUGCAUUGCCAAAACAUUGUUUGCAAAUUUCUUAUGGAUUUUUCACAUCGGCAAUAGUAAUAAAUUUCCUAAGGGAUUGUAGUCCUCAUAAAAUUUCAAGGUUCAUUCCCAUCCCAAUGGCCAUGGCAAUACCUUUCUAUAUUGGAGCUUACUUCGCAAUUGACAUGUUUAUUGGCUCUGUAAUAUUAUUUUUUUGGGAGAGAGUGAAUCGUAAGGAUGCGGAAGAAUAUUCAGGAGCUGUGGCUUCAGGAUUGAUCUGUGGGGAUGGUAUUUGGACCAUACCUUCAGCAAUUCUAUCACUUUGUAGGAUAAACCCACCUAUCUGUAUGUCAUUCUCCUCCACAUGAAGUGCUUGAAGAACUCAGAAGAUUCCCAAGUGGUAGAUUCAAACUGAAGUAUUUCAUCCACUCAUCUGUAUGUGAAUUGCAUCAACGAAAUAUUGGAAGUUCUCAAGUGUGGUAUAAAAUCUUCAAUUAUUCAUCACGGUGAUAUCAACUGUAAUUCUCCAUACUUGCACUUAAAUGACAGUUGUUAUAUAACAUUUAUCUAUAUGUACGGUAACAUGAAUUUGUUUUGAAAUGUAACACAUACCACAUGCAUGUGUAUCAAUCAAAUGUCUAUGUUAUUACCAUCAGAAACUUUAGGCUUCGAAAUUAGUCCUUGAAGUUUGCUGGAAGAAUUUGGAAAAUAUACAUAUAUUUAAAUUGAGAAUGCAAAAUAUAUAAACAGUUCAAUUUCAUUACCUUCUCUUUCAAGAAGAAAGGGUAGGGCUUGUUUGUCUCAACGUGACCUACUUAAAGAAGUUGCUUCAAUAAAGGAUGUUUCAACCA